GAAAAGCAGCAGCCAAAGAAAUCAGUCUGACACAGCCUGGCAGAUUAAAGGGUUUGUAGAAACAGAGAGAGAGAGAGAGAGAAGGUAAAAUUGCAUGCUGUGAACAUACAGCUUCAUUCAUUCACAGCGCUCUUCAACUCCAGAGGUCUACUGGAGAGAAAACGACCAUGGGAUACAGAAUUACCUCAAUUCCAUUAUUUCUGUGGCUUCAUUUAGUAGCAUUCAGGCUAUGCUGGGGGCAGCAGACCUCCCAGAUCCAGCUGCGACUUGCAGGAGAGGGAAGGAAGCCGCAUGAGGGCCGUGUGGAAGUGCUGUAUAAUAGACAGUGGGGAACUGUGUGUGAUGAUGACUUUAGCAUGGAAACUGCAACUGUGAUCUGCAGGGAACUGGGCUUUGUUACAGCACUUACCUGGGCUCACAGCGCCAAGUAUGGACAAGGACUAGGUCCAAUUUGGUUAGACAAUCUGCAGUGUACUGGAAAUGAGAAAUCCGUUGCUGAAUGCAGCUCAAAUGGAUGGGGCAAAAGUGACUGCCAGCACUCUGAGGAUGCUGGGGUUGUCUGCACAGCAAAAAGAAUUCCCGGCUUUGACCCUGAACAGACAUUUGUGAGUUUGCCAGUGGAGGGUGCCGUGCAUCUGCAAGAUGUGAGGAUCCGACCUAUCCUUACUCGGGCUAAGAUUCAGGAACCAGUAACAGAAGGCGUCGUAGAGCUGAAGAUUGAAGGCAAGUGGCGUAAGGUCUGUGACACAGACUGGACUGCUCACAACAGCAGAGUCGUAUGUGGAAUGCUGGGGUUUCCUACUGAGGCACGCCAUAACAACAAGUUCUACAGGAAGCUCUGGAAUAUGAAGAUGACUGAUCCACAAACAAGGCUUAGCAGAUUUUCAAAGAAGAAUAGUUUUUGGGUGCACAAAGUGAGCUGUACUGGAAGUGAGCCUCAUCUUUCCAACUGCAAGAUGCAGGUGUCAGCAGGUUUGAGUAAGCCAUCUUGUGAAUAUGGGAUGCAUGCUAUUGUCAGCUGUACACCAGGGCCAGAGUUCACUCAGGACAAUGGGCAUGGACCUAGGACGAUGUCCCAAAGUAAGGAUGCCAAAGUAAGACUCAAAUCUGGAGCCCUUCAUGGUGAAGGACGAGUGGAAGUGAUGAGGAAUGGAAAGUGGGGUACUAUCUGUGACAACGGCUGGAACCUCAUUUCUGCUAGUGUUGUAUGUCGUGAGCUGGGCUAUGGGUCUGCAAGAGUGGCCGUCGUAGGGUCCAAGCUUGGACAAGGCAUGGGUCCUAUUCACAUGAGCAACGUGCAGUGCUCUGGCAUGGAGAAAUCUGUCACUGAAUGCAGUUUCCAGGAGCCAGUCUGUAAUCAUGAAGAAGAUGCUGCCGUAAGAUGCAAUGUACCCCAGAUGGGUUACAAGAACAAGGUUCGGCUGGCUGGUGGCCAGUCUCAGUAUGAAGGCCGUGUGGAAGUCCUGAUGGAGGUGAAUGGUGUUAUGAAGUGGGGCACAGUCUGUGGCCAUGGCUGGGGAAUCAAUGAAGCUAUGGUCAUUUGCAGACAGUUGGGCCUUGGCUAUGGCAACCAUGCAUUACAGGAAACUCCAUACUGGAAUGGAGACCCAAAUGCUAAUGAUAUUGUUCUGAGUGGAACACGUUGUUCAGGAACUGAAAUGGCAAUUCAACAGUGUCGACAGCAUCGAGUGGUGAACUGCCCCCAUGGUGGAGGACGCCAUUCUGCAGGGGUCACUUGUACUGACAUUGCACCAGACCUCACAAUGAAUGCCCAGCUGAUACAAGAGACAUCAUACCUAGAAGACCGUCCCCUCCAUAUGCUAUACUGUGCCCAUGAAGAAAACUGUCUUGCAAAGUCCGCCAACAGAAUGAACUGGCCUCAUGGGCACAGGCGCCUUCUACGAUUCACCUCCCAGAUCAUCAACAUUGGCCGAGCAGACUUCCGACCAAAGAGUGGGCGACAUGAAUGGGUGUGGCAUCAGUGUCAUGGACACUACCACAGCAUUGAAGUGUUCACCCACUAUGACCUCCUGACUCUGGAUGGUUCCAAGGUCGCUGAAGGACACAAAGCCAGCUUCUGCUUAGAGGACACAAACUGCCAUGAAGGUCUACAGAAACGCUACGCCUGUUUCAACUUUGGAGACCAAGGUAUCAGUGUUGGUUGCUGGGACUCAUAUCGACAUGACAUUGACUGUCAGUGGGUUGAUAUCACAGAUGUAAAACCUGGAGAUUACGUAUUUCAGGUGAUUGUUAAUCCUAAUAACGAUGUGGCAGAAUCAGAUUUCACCAAUAACAUUGUGAGGUGCAGGUGCAGAUAUGAUGGCUACCGAGUGUACAUGUAUGGAUGUCACACAGGAGAUGCAUAUACUGCUGAAAUCGAAGCUCUGUUUGAACGCCAUCUCACAAUAUCCAACAACCUGAUAUAAUCUGCUUGCCACUCAGAAAGGCACCUGAAAUAAAUACCAGAUAGCCUUUUGGACUGAAACUCUCCAUCCAGUGAAACUGUAUUUAUUACCUCAUUGAACAUGGACUAAUGCAAUUUAACUAUGGUGCAUUAUUUUAUGCUAACUAUGUUAAGAGAUGGAUGGAGGAAAACAAAUAUUUAUUUACUUCUCCACCUUCUUUUAUGUGCCCACAUUUGUUCAUUGAGAGGUGCAGAAGUCUGCAUUGUUGUAGACUUGUUUAAAGUGUAGCAAUGGUUGUACUGAUACACAAACUGACAGCAAUGCAUACUAUAUAUGAAUGGGAAGAAAUGAGGGGGCAUUUCAUUAUAAAGGAAAACAGACUCAUUAUGAGAAAUAAUGCUGCUUUUUUGUUAAUUUACAUGUUAUAAAUUCCUAAAAGUUCACAUUUCAAAUAGCAGUCAGGAUGUGGGGCAGGAAAUUUCUGGAGGAAUUCUGCCAAACAUCCAUCAUAAAAUGUGUGUGGUGCUCUUUUGAUGAUUCCUACCUGACUGCCAAAGUCAGUCUGUGAAGCAAAACUGCAUGUCUGCUAACUGGGAGGCUUCAGAAACAGAGACCAUACACCGCCUAGUAGUAGUUCUCAACUCCAGUAGUAAUUUUUAAUGUAGACACUGUGUUUCCACAAAGAGGGGUCAUGUUUCACUCCACCCAUCUUGAACAUCUGUCAGAGGGAAACAACGUUUUUUUCUGUUUAGCUCAAUCUGUAAACAAUGAAUAUAAUUUUAGACUCAUAUCUAAUGACACUGGCAGCUGGCUUUAACCAAUCUACAGCAUAGUCCCUGUUCAACUGAGAAACAUUCAGAACAACUGAUGUUCCACUGUUCAGCAUGAGUCUGUCCCCACCCAUGGAUGCUGGGUAUUGUCAAUUAAUACCAGAGCUGCAUAGUUUUUAUUUUGAUUAAUGGAGUAAGUGGAGGGAGAAUUGUGUAACUCUUUCAAAACUUAUAAAACGGACAAUGGUUUCUUUGUCAGACUUUAGCCAUCUGGUACUGUUGCCUUUCUGGUACAACUCAAAAAAUGAUUCAGGUACCUCUGUUCACCUUUACCACAGGCUCUAUUGUAACAGUAUGUUUGUUCUAUAUCUCUUCCUCUAAACUUAUUUUGGAGCUGAAGGGGGACCCCAAACUAUUUAUGGUGCUGAAAAUAUGGGGUCAGUGCUUUACAUAUCUGUUUGUUCUUCUGUAAUUCAUGUGACACAUGUUUCAUGCACUAACAUCACAUGUGAUAGCAGCUAAUCAUUGAAGUUCAGUAAAUCAACAACCCUGCCAUCUGAGACAUCACUUGCUGUGGCACCCACCUGGUAUUACAUGUAUGAAAUUCUUCAACCGUGAUCAAGUUUUUCAUAGUAGAAUUCAGUUGUACUUUUAAUUAUAAAUCUAUAAGCGCUGAUCCGUUAUUUAUGCAGGGACUCUCUUACUUCACGUUUAUAUCUCAAAACUAAUCAGAUUUAUUCAGUGGUAUUUGUACUCAUACUGUGCUUAUUCAUCCCUGCUACGGUUACCAGAGAGUCACUUCUACAGGCUGAACAAACUUAAGGUUGCUUUAUGCUAAUCUUUGUAUUUAUUUAUUAUUCCUGUGGGCUGCCAUAAUAUAGAAUGAAAAGUUGUGAAUUUUGAAAAAAAAAACAUUUAAGGCUUUUUUCAGUGUUCUGUAUUAUGAAAAAGAAAACUUAAAGUAAUAUAAUGCAAAGUUAUCAGGAAAUCUAUGUUUACGGAACUGUGCAAUCAAUGUUUGUUUGUCUUCUUUUUGCUUCUUAAAUGUUGGCUAGAAAUGUGAACGCACUAGAUGUAUGACUGAGGAAUAACUUGCAUUUUAAAAGAAUGUUCACAGUACCUCUGCAAGUGGUAAACAAGAUACUUAAUGUAUAUAUUACAGCUUCCCUUAAUCCACUUAGCAUACAUCUAACUACCACUGUUGCAGGAAAUGUGGCACACCAGUGUAAAAAAAAAUAUAUAUAUAUAUAUAUAUAUAUA